GCGGAAGCCAACAAACAUGGAGGAAUCGAAGCUAUUGCGGCUACAUGACAUGCUUCAGAAGCUGCGGCCCAAGGGCAAGGGCGGUCUUGGCUCCAGUGGAGGUCUCAUGUCCAAGAACCAAGGACCUCGCGACGAUGGGUUGCCCGACAACGGACUGUACUCGAUGUUUGUGCGAGAAGGCCAUGGUGGGUAUGUACACAAGCACUUCGACGACAAGAACGAUGCCGCGGAUAACAACGACGAGUCGGCUGACAAGAAAAGCAAGGACAAGAAGAGCAAAAAGGACAAGAAGCGAAAGCUCAAAGACCAAGUCGACGAAGACGAGGGGGUUGAAGAGGUUGUGGCCGACGUGACGAAAGCCAGCAAGAAAGCCAACAAGAAGGCCAAGAAGGCAUCCAAGAAAGCGGUCGAGACUGAAGAACCAGACGUCGAAGUUACAAAGAAGAGCAAGAAGAGCAAAGUCGUAGAGGCUGAAGUCCCCGAAGAGAUUCAAGAGCCCAAAGCCAACAAGAAGGCCAAGAAGGCAUCCAAGGAAGCGGUCGUGGUUGAAGAACCAGUCGUCGAAGUUACAAAGAAGGACAAGAAGAGCAAGAAGAGCAAAGUCGUAGAGGCCGAAGUCGCCGAAGAGAUUGAAGAGCCCAAAAAGGCCAAGAAGAGCAAAAAGAACAAGGUGGAAGCAGAGGAGGUCCAAGUCGCAGUCGUGGACGAACCAGUGAAGAAAACCAAAAAAUCCACAAAAUCUGCACAAGACGAGCCCAAAAAAGUCAAAAAGAGCAAAAAGGACAAACAAUAAAAAUCCGUCCGAAUAGCGUCGAAAUCGUCCAAAAGUUUGGCCUUGCCUGAGAUUGCAAACCUAUUUGAAUGUGGACCGUCUAGACUGCGA